AUGAGUACCGAAACAAAAGAAUUCAUAAGUUUUGCUCUUGCUAGCUUUGCUUCUCGGAACCACCCAAAUUCUUCAAGCUACGUAUCAAUCAACAACCCUUGCAUCAUUAACCAAACAACACUUUCUUCUUCAUCACCUUCAAUCCAAAACUCAGUUUUCAGUGUCAACAAAUUGGUCCUCUCCACCUUGAAGCAGCUCUUGUUCACUGUCACAUGGUGCAGAAGCCACUCCAACCAAGGACUCACCAUAAGCUUCGGUAAUAAUGAGGUUCAUGACCCUUCAUCAGCACCACCAACGUUUAGGCUCAACACAAAUUCAAGGUUCUUUAGGAAGAAGAAAGGAAGCAAAUUGAUUGAGUUAUGUGAUGAAUCAUCAUCAAAGAUUGAAGUGUUUUGGGACCUGUCAAAUGCAAGAUAUGAAUCUGGGCCUGAACCAGUUGAAGGCUUGUAUUUGGUGAUCGUUGUUGACUCAGAAGUAGGCCUAGUCCUCGGCGGCGAUGCGGCGGAGGAAUUCACCUCAAAGAAGCUCAUAUUAGCACCAAUAAAUGAAUCAAAACUAAGAAUAUUUGGACAUGGGAAAGAUCAUUCAAGGUAGGACUUACUGCAUUCUUUUGCAUGGCAUAAACAAUUCAA